CAGUUGCCAGUGUCACUUUCUCUCUCUAGAAACAAAAAUGUACGGAUAUCAGUGGGGGGGAGGAGGCGGCGAUUCGGGAUCGGAGUUGCCUCCAACACUUGAUCGGACCGAGAAGGCGGCGGUGGAAGCUCGGGCCGAGCUUGUGGCGAGAGGAGAAAACGUGUCGGCUUGGAAAGUGUCGCAGGCGGCGCUGCUGGAUCUUCAAGUCAGUUCGUGGGAAUUUUUGGGGUUUUCGAUGCAACAAGUUCCCACGCUCAGGAGGAUUAUGGAUAUUGAAGGAAGGGUUAAUUUAUUUAUCCACUGCUUUGUUCGGGUUCAAAGUAUAACAUCAUUAUACAAUUUGGAGCUGGCAAUAUGUGAGAGCGAGGGUAUUCAGCGUUUUGAAGAGCUAGAGUUGGGACCUUUGUUGCAGCAUCCACUAGUCCGGCGUUAUUUUUCUGUUGGAUCUGAUGUCAAAGAAGUGUUCAGAAUAACAACCGAAACAGUUAUUUCUUACCUCAGUUUUCUCAUUUGGAAACGUAAAAGGAUAACUCCUGAGGCUUUAUUGGAUUUUAUUUCCAAGGAGAAGAAGCAAGAAAAAGAAACCCUUUGUCUACGCAUACAAAAUAUAUGGUUGUAUAUCAGACAUAUGAGGGAUGCUAAGCGAUCUGAAGAUUCCUUAUUAAAGAAAUGUCGUGACGGCAAAGAACAUGCUAUCAAUAAUAAAGAUAGGGAUGAUGAUGAAAAUGAAGACAGUAAGGAUGUGCCGAUUUCUAGCAAGACCUCAUCGAAGAACAUGGAGACCGAUAAAAACAAUGCACAGUGUUCUGAUCCAACAACAGCUGAAGAAGAUGAACGAGUCAGUUCUUUAUCUUCUCGUGGCAACAUUAGUAUCAAUGACAAUAACGUGACUGCAAAAAAAUCCAAACGUAUGCAGUGCACCGUCACAUCAUUCCACAAGACGCCUAUUACAAUGCCUGAUGGACGCGAGAUUCCACUCGAAUUUUUCGGUGACGGUAUGGACUCAGGGCUCAGAUAUAUGAAUGACGUUGAUCGUUUUACGAGGAUGUUCAUAAAGAUCUGGACAGAUACAUGUAGGGACAAGAAUGUUGAUGAGGUUUUCAGGCAAAUGUUUGAUUAUUAUGCGAAGGAAAAGAACAAGAAGAAGACGAAGGGGAUUUUAAAAAAGAAUUCAGAGUUUUCAAAGUACCCGUUUGUUGGAUUGCUAAAUGUUGCUGUUACAUCUAUUAAAUAUGGGCUGUGGGAAAGUGUGUAUGGAGCUUCUCAAGUUUCCAGCCUACAAGGGGUAGAAAACACAACACCAGAGGCUGAGGCUGCUGAGGAGGAUUUCUCUAUCGGUCAGAAUGGUGUUUUUGUGGAAGAUAUAUUGAAGAACAUUUCUGCACACUUGGAGACUGUUGAUGAUUUUCCAGACAAUGAAAAUCCUGCUCUUCAAAAAUUGAUAUUCUUUCGCAAGCUUUGCAAGUGUGAGUGUUGGCUAGCUGAACAUUUUUCUGUUAAGGACUUCAAAUCCCUUGGUCUUGGGGAUUUUUGUACGUUUUUAGCAAAACAUGUAACCCAACUACCUCAUGCAUGUCAGAAAUACUUAUUGACUGAUGGCACUAAUGGGAAGGCUUCUUUCGAAGCCUGCAUGAGCCAACAUCAUUUGGAUAUAUUCUUAUCACAAGCUUCAGCUAGCUUAAGCGAAAAUGAGUAUUUAAGCAAGCAGAAAGUAUCUGAGUUGCUUAUGAUGCAGUUCCCUUCAGUCUGUUUUACUCUAUUGGGAAAUGGUUCUGAACAAAAUAUUAUGGACAUCCUAAGAGAGAGCAAAACCGGCACAAGCUUUUGCAGCGUCUUAUUUUCUGCAACUUUAACUGCCUCUCAAGAAGAGAAAUAUUUCUCUGAUUCUCAUCUAACUGCCAAAGAUGCUGAUACAACCCAUGCACUUGAAGUCUUACGUAAUGCUCCAAUGUUGAUAGACCUAAAUUCGUGGUCAUUUUGGGACUUAAAGUUUGCUCCUUCUCUAGGUCCACUAGUAAACUGGUUAUUGAACGAGGUCAAGACAAACGAGCUUCUGUGUUUGAUAACUAAAGGUGGGAAAGUUAUGCGUCUUGAUCAUUCUGCUACUGUGGAGUCAUUCUUAGAAGUUUUUGUUGAAGGAUCCUCCUUCCAAACAGCAGUGAAGCUUUUGUCAUUGCUUGCGCUGUAUGGGGGUGAACACAAAGUUCCCACUUCUCUUUUGAAAUGCCGUACAAAGAAAGCUUUAGAAACUCUAGUUAAGAGUUCUAACAACUGGGAAGCUGAUUUUGGUAAUAAAUAUAUUCUCAAUGACCUAAAGAAAAGCAAAAGUGAAUUUAACAAAGCAAUUCCUCUUGUAUCAAGAUUUAUCCUCGAGUGUCUUGGUUAUCUACCUGAGGAAUUCCGUACCUUUGCUGCAAACUUAUUGCUUCCAGGGUUUCGAGCUAUUGCACCUGAUGCUUCUUCAGCAAUUUUGGCUGAAUGCAAACACAAAGAAGACCGUUUGAUGCUUCAUGAAUUAGGAUCAUCACUAGGUAUACUUGAGUGGAUCGGGGAUUGCAGUAACUUUUGUUUGUCCCCAUUCAAUGAGUCAUCUGAAUUUCAUAGAGAGAAGGAUAUGUCAUGCAGUUUUACUUGUUCCGAAGAUGAAGUUAUAUUAUCCGUUGAGGCAGACUUGCAUAAUGUAGAGUUUAAGCAAGACCAAGCUAUGGCCAAUAGAGUUCCGGUUUCUGGUUAUAGUUCCAGUAGUGACUGCACUCAGCAAUUUGUUGGGCUACAGAGAAUUGUAAUUGAGUCUAUUAGGCGUGAAGAAUUUGGUCUGGACCCAAAUAAUUCGGCCUCAGAAAGUAGCAUUCUACAGAAGCAACAUGCUCGCUUAGGUAGAGCACUUCAUUGUCUUUCACAAGAGUUAUAUUCUCAAGACUCACAUUUUCUUCUCGAGCUUGUUCAGAAUGCUGAUGAUAAUGUUUACCCAAGAAAUGUGGAACCAACUCUAGUUUUCAUUUUUCAAGUGGAAGGCAUUGUUGUUCUGAAUAAUGAAGAAGGUUUUUCAACUGAGAACAUCAGAGCGCUUUGUGAUGUUGGAAAUUCAACAAAGAAGGGAUCUAAUGCUGGUUACAUUGGGAAGAAAGGGAUCGGCUUUAAAUCGGUUUUCCGGGUUACAGAUGCUCCAGAAAUUCAUUCUAAUGGAUUUCAUAUCAAGUUUGAUAAAAGUGAGGGCGAGAUUGGUUUUGUUUUGCCAACAAUAGUGCCUGCCUGUGAUGUUGACUUGUUUAGCAAUCUGGUAACCAAAGAUACUGAUCAAAAUGAUAGGCACUUUUGGAAUACAUGCAUUGUACUUCCUUUUAGAUCAAAGUUUACAGAAGCUUCUGCCACUGACAACAUCGUUUCUAUGUUUUCUGAUCUUCAUCCCUCUUUGCUACUUUUCCUUCAUCGCCUUGAAUGUAUCAUAUUUAGAAACAUGCUCACAAAUUCAUGUAACAUCAUGAGGAAAGAAGUUAUUGGAGAUGGUAUUAUAAAUAUUUCCUUCGGGAAGGAGAGAUUGACGUGGUUUGUGGAAUCUCGCAAGUUACAAACUGAGCUCACUGGCCAAAUGACUGAAAUCUCGAUAGCAUUUUCACUGGAGGAAUCGGCUGAUGGGAAUUAUAUCCCAAAGUUGGAGCAACAGUGCGUUUUUGCAUUUCUUCCACUACGGACAUACGGUCUAAAAUUUAUCGUCCAAGGUGAUUUUAUACUUCCUUCUUCAAGAGAAGAAGUUGAUGGAGAUAGCCCAUGGAAUCAGUGGCUAUUAUCAGAGUUCCCAAGCUUGUUUAUUAGUGCAGAGAAAUCUUUCUGUAGCCUCCCUUGUUUUGAAAAUAAUCCAGGAAAAGGUGUUUCAGCUUUUAUGAGCUUCGUUCCCCUCGUAGGAGAAGUGCAUGGGUUUUUUGCUAGUCUCCCUCGGAUUAUCAUAUCUAAGUUAUGUACAUCAAACUGCCUGCUUUUAGAAGGAGACAACAACACAUGGGUUCCUCCACAUAAGGUUCUUAGAAGCUGGAAUGAACAAGUUCGGACUCUUUUGCCGGAUAGUUUGAUUGCAGAACUCCUUGGCCUUGGAUACUUGCAUAAGGAUACAGUUCUAUCAGACUCUUUAGCAAGGGCACUUGGAAUUGAGGAAUAUGGACCAAAAGUCUUGCUUCAGGUAAUUUCUUCCUUGUGCCGUACAGAUGGAGGCAUCAAAUCAAUGGGCCUCACUUGGUUAUCUUCUUUCCUUAGUGCCUUGUAUGAAAUGUCAUUUCAAGAUUCUAGGCAAAGUUCUGUAGAUUUUGGGACUGACUCUGAUGCUAUAAAUAGGCUCAGGAAAAUUCCAUUUAUUCCUCUUUUGAAUGGUAAAUAUGGGUCGAUUAGUGAGGGUACAAUUUGGUUGAACAUUGAUGCUAUGAGCAAUGAAAUUGAUAAUGAGUAUGGCCUUGAAGCUUUUCCAAAUUUGUUUGCCAAACUUCGAAUUGUUAACCCCGCCCUUUUCAGUUGUUCUACAGUUGAAAACUUAUGUCAGAUGCUUUACAAAAUUGGCGUCCAACGUUUAUCUGCCCAUGAAAUUGUAACGGUACAUGUUUUGGCAGCUAUUUCUGAUGAAAAAUCUAUCAGCGAGGAUAAGGGUUUAAUGUGUGAGUACCUUUCUUACAUAAUGGUUCACUUGCAAUCAAGUUGCCCCAAGUGUUCUGUUGAGCGGCAGCAGAUAAUCUCAGAUGUUCGCAAUAAAGCUCUUAUUUUAACCAAUCAUGGCUACAAACGAUCUGCUGAAGUGCCAAUCCAUUUCAAUAAGAAGUUUGGUAAUCCCAUCGAUGUAGAAAAGUUGAUAAAUGGCAUUGACGUGAAAUGGUCUGAGGUUGACAUCGUUUAUUUGGAUUAUUCAGUUCACAAAUCCUCAUCUGGGGGAAUGUUGAAGUGGAGGGAAUUUUUGAAAGAAGUAGGCGUCAGUGAUUUUGUGCAAGCAACUCAAAUUGAGAAGGAAGUUUGCAAUAUUUCCCAAGAUUGGGAAUCUCAAGAGUUAGUUGAUUUGCUAUCUCGAGUGUCCUCAAGUGGUGAUCCGAAAAGGUGCAAGCAACUUUUGGAGGUUAUUGAUACGCUGUGGGAUGAUUAUUUCGGUGAUAAGGUUACUGCUCUUUGCAAUAUCAGUGGGACAUUCGAACCUGUCAAGUCUUCUCUAGUAAGAAUCCUAAAUGAUGUUAAGUGGGUAGCUUCAAGUGUGGAUGAUGAACUUCACUACCCUGAAGACUUGUUCCAUGAUUGUGAAGCAGUGCGCUCAAUUAUGGGUGAUUGUGCACCAUAUGCUGUUCCAAAGGUGCAAAACGAGAAGCUGCCAAAUCAUAUUGGUUUCAAAACUUGUGUUACACUCAGUGACACUUUGUCAGUUCUUGAAGUUUGGAGGAGAGCUGAAACCCCUUUCAAAGCUAGCUUAUCACAAAUGUCCAAAUUCUACACAAUCAUUUGGAACGGAAUGACUACUAAAAAUCAGGAGAUUGUGGAGAACUUACGCAACGGAGCUUUCAUAUUUGUUCCAUUUUCGUCUGCUUCUACUAGUGAACAAGUUGUACCUGGUAUGCUCUUAUCUCCUGAAGAAGUGUAUUGGCAGGAUCAUACCGGUUCUGUGGAACAAAUUGACUUUGAUGCGGGCCAUCAGCCUCUAACAAAAACGUUAAGCAACAUUUAUCCGGGCCUUCAUCACUUCUUUGUGAAUGAUUGUGGAGUAAAGGAGAAUCCUUCCCUUCUUAGCUACUUUCAUGUUUUGCUUCAGUUAUCAACUGUAACUGCUACAUCGCAGGCAGCUAAAAGAGUUUUUCAAGUUUUCUUAGAAUGGUCUGAUGGACUCGAUUCUGGAACAUUAAAUUUCAAAGAUGUUGAAUACUUGAAAGCCAGUCUUGAGAGAAAAGAGUCCACGAUUCUGCCCACAGCACAAGGCAAAUGGGUUUCUCUACAUCCUUCCUUCGGCAUCGUGUGUUGGUGUAAUGAUGAGAAGAUGGCAAAUGAGUUUGAGAGUUUGAACAUUAUUGACUUUCUUCAUUUAUGUGAGCUAUCUGAUGAAGAAAAAGAGGCGACCAAUGCAAAGGUGUCUGUCUUCAUGCAAAGGAUAGGGAUCCCUUCCCUUUCAGAGCUUAUUACUCGUGAAGCAAUAUGCUAUGGCUCAGCUGAUAGUAGUUAUGAAACUUCAUUGGUCAGCUGGGCUCUUCCUUAUGCUAAGCGGUACAUUUACAACACGUAUCCUGAUAGGUAUUUUCAACUCAAACACUCAGGAUUUGAAAACCUGAAUCGUCUGCGUACUGUUGUUGUUGAGAAGUUGUUCUUUAGGAAGGUCAUAAGGAGAUCUAAAAUUGCAUCUAAGCAGCAAUUUGAAUGCAACUGUCUUUUACAGGGUGACAUCUUGUACACAACCCCAGAAUCCGAUGCGCACUCGAUAUUCGUGGAGCUUUCUUCUUUCCUGCUUGAUGGAAUUCCUCAACUGCCCUUGGCAAAUUUUCUUCACAUGAUCGCAACUAUGAAAGAAUCAGGUUCCUCCGAUGAGAAUAUCGAAUCUUUUAUUUCGAAUAGCCAGAAACUGCCUAAACACCCCGGCGAAGAAUCGGGUAUUCAAAUUUUUGAGUAUGAACUUCAAAUGGGAACUCUAACACCCGCUCUCGGGUCGAGUUCUUCAAAGGUUACAAAUAGAGAGAAGCUCCGUUUUGGCAAAGCAAAUCCUAGGCGGGCAUUUUCGACUGGGAGAAGAGGAGAGCUGUUCGCUUUCAAUUAUUUAUGUUCGAAGAAUGGUGAGAAAAAAAGCGUGAAAUGGGUGAACGAAUUGAAGGAGAGUGGAUUGCCGUACGACAUUAUUGUAGGAGGCGAGGAAUACAUUGAAGUUAAAUCAACCACCUCCAGGAAUAAAGACUGGUUUGAAAUAUCGGUGGGCGAGUGGCAGUUUGCAGUUGAAAAAGGCGAAUCUUUCAGCAUCGCACAUGUUGCUCUAAUGGAUGAACGUAAUAAUACGGGGAGGGUCACAAUGUACAAAGACCCCGUAAGCUUAUGCAGGCUACGCGACCUCCAGUUGGCUGUUUUGAUGGCACAGCAGCCAUCUAUUGAUAUGCCGUAAUUAUUAUUCUUUUUAUUUUUUUUCGAUUUUGUGUUUAGUUUUGAGGUGUGUGAUUUCUGUUAUGCUAUGGGUGUUGUGAGUUUUGUAUAGUGUAUUGAUUGCCUCAGGGAAUGAGUUGUGAGAGAACUGUUGAAAAUUCUGUGGGAGCUUUUGUAAAUUGUGUAUUAUAUAUGUAUGUAUAUGCAAAAUGUACGUGUUUCUUGAUUGUUCGUAAACUUGCGCUGUUAGCCGGGCUUUUCGCA